ACCCCCCUGGCGACGUGCUGGUGCAGUUUGCAGGGACGUGGCACGUCGCAGCCGCCGCGUCCAACUGCUCCGUGUUCCUGAAGAUGAAGGAUGGGAUGAAGUCAUCCCUCAUCACCAUCAGCUUCACACCGGAGAGGGACCUGGCCGUGAAGAUUGUCUGGCCCCUGCUGGACAAAUGCCAGGAGUUCGAGCUGCUCCUCCAGCCCCGCGGGCAAGCAGGGCACUACGUGGCAGUGCAGGAGCAGAGGGACCUGCGUGUGGUGGAGACGGACUACGGGCACUACGCCAUCGUGCACGAGGUCCAGCACGGCCAGCAGAAGCCCAGGAUUGCACUGCAGCUCUUCACGAGGGAGCAGGACGUGAGCCCCCAGCUUCUGCAGAAGUUUGAAGAGCUCCUCCCUGCCAUGGGCCUGGCCAAGGACAUGCUGGCCAUCCUGCCCAAGUCAGAUCAGUGCACCAAGGCCAUCAG